ACCGGACCUUCCUCCUCCGCCGUGUUCUUGGCUGCUGCAGCCUCGCCAGGGAGCUGCCUGCUUCAGACCUCCGGCGACUCCGGCGAGCAGGCGACAUCCUGCAGCCAGAAACCGCGCGGCCCCCUCCAGCCCGGCGACCGACGGCGAUUCAAGGCGGCGGCUUCCAGAGAGGUUUGAAUUGGUCAUUAUGGUGAAGAAAACUGCAGAGCAAAGUUAUGGUGAACUUUCAGAACUUAAGCCAAGGCAGAAUUUCCGUUUAGGAGAUAUAACAUGGGUUAAGCAUGGUACCUCUUCUUGGUGGCCAGCGCAGGUCAUUGAUGAAGCAUCUGCUAGUAACAAGCCCAAGAAGAAGACCAUCCAUGAUGCCCUGGUGCGAUUGUAUGGCACAUGCCAAUACUUGUAUGUUGACCCUUGGAAGUCUAAGAUGGAAUUUGAAAUGAUUCUGAAGGAAGAAAAUAAGACAGCCAUGGAAGCAUUCCACCAUGUGCUUCAGAAGGAGCUUACUCAUCUUAGCUCGCCCAGUGAUGAUGAUGACGAACCUGUCAGCACAAAAGCCAAGACGUCUGUUAGGAAAGCCUCUGCUGAAGGAAGAGAUAAGACACAGAAGCAAGCUUCUGUAGAUAAAAAGGGUCGUAAGGCAGUAACAUCGGUUGUCAGGAAGGAAGGAGCAAGACAAUCAGGCCGUACCAGUGCAAAGAAAUAUUCAGAUGCUUCGGAGGACAGCACAUCGCAACUCCACGAUACAAGUGCAAGUGAAGAUGCAGCUGAAGUAGGAGACAUUACAUCAGUGAAUCGAAGGCAGCGCAAGAAGGUUUCAGCGGUAGAUGGAACUGACCGAGAGAUAAAGGCUAUGGUUAGGGACAUGCUGCUGGGGGACGUUGUAGCCAGGCAGCACGCCUCUGUAGAUGAUGUGAUCUUUCGAGUCUGUGAUGCUACCGUAGGAAUGGUGGCUCAUGGUACUACAGAGGGUGGACGAAGCAUCAAGCGAACUGGCGGUGGACUGGAGGCUGAUUCAAGCAACGAUGCAAAGCGACCUAGAAAGGGGAACACCAAGCCUAACAAUUCCAACUCUUCUCCUAGCAGGGAUGUUGCAGCCAUGGAGGGACGUGAGCAGCAUAGCUCGCGCCAGAUCAAGAUCAUGCAGAAGCUGGGUCUGGUCGCUCCACCAGGAUCUCCAUUCAAGGGAUUAGCUGCGGCCACCCACCGAUAGUUCCAAUGCUCGUUAGGACCUGCUAUUUAUUGUAAGCGCCACUACUGUUAUGUAUGGAAACCCAUAGGCAUGGUGCUGGAUCUAUUAGUUUAAGCUGUACUCGCCAAUUGCUAUUCUUUAGGGAAUAACUUGGCCGAGUUUAACUGCUACGUAAGUGCACCGUUAGUUUUGUAUGAGCAGAGAUUGGUCACCGCCGCUCGUGCUAAGUAAGUUACUGAGUUGGGACCUUGGAUUAUUCAUGUU